CUUUUGAAAUUUUGUUUUUAUUUUCUGUAUUUCAAUUAUAUAUGACUUUAUUUGUCAAUUUUUAGGAUGUUCUAUUUCUUUUUUGAAUCAUGGAGAAGCAAGAAUGACCCGAUUGUAAUAUGGUUGUCUGGAGGUCCAGGUGGCAGUAGUAGCAUAGCACUAUUUUAUGAACACGGACCUUUUCAUAUCACAAAUGACCUCAAGUUUCGAAAGAAUGAUUAUAGUUGGGCUCAGGUAUCAAAUAUUAUAUACGUUGAUCAACCACUUGGAGCAGGAUUCAGUUAUGCAAAAGAUUAUAACGAUAUAAGACACAAUCAAACUAGUGCAAGUGAUGAUUUGUACAACUUCUUGCAGGAAUUCUUCAAAGUGCAUCCUCAAUUUAUUGAAAAUAAUUUCUUCAUAAUUGGACAAUCUCAUGCUGGAAACUCUGGCCCUGCUCUCGCUUCUCGAAUCCAACAAGGGAAGAGGGAAAACGUGGGAAUCGACAUAAAGCUAAAGGGACUUGCUAUUGGUAAUGGACUUACAAAUCCUCGAAUUCAAUUUCCAGCACAGCUAGAUUAUGCUUUACGCGAGGAAUUGAUUGAAAAAUCUAAUAAACCACAUAUAGAGAACAUAGUUUCAAACUGUGAAUCGUCUCUAAAAGCUUGCGAAACGGGCGGAGAAGAUGAAUGCCGUGUUGCUUAUUUUGAUUGCCAUAACAUAAAACGAGAGAUCCUUAAAAUUGCUGGGAAUAGAAAUUCAUAUGAUAUUCGAAAGUGGUGUGUUGGUUCCGAAUGUUAUGACUUCUCAAACAUUGAAAGAUUUUUGAGUGAAAAAUCAGUAAGAAAUACUCUUGGUGUUGGAGAAGUAGAAUUUGCUUUACUCAAUACUACUGUAUAUUUAGCCAUGAUGGGUGACAUUAUGAAGAACCACGAAAUAGGAAUACCUGCUCUACUUGAAAACGAUAUUAGAGUCCUUAUAUAUGCUGGAGAUCGAGAUCUCAUAUGCAACUGGAUUGGUAAGCCUCUGUGCAUGAUUGAAAUAUUAACUACUAGUAAUUAAUAUUAUCUUCUUUUCUUUUUUCCUCUCUUUUUAAAAUUUG